ACACUAUCUCUCACGCUUUGUUGAAACUUUCCUUCUCCCCUUUCUCUCGCUCUUUCUCCUCUCUCCAUCUCCAUGAUCUCCUCCUCCACCAAAACCUGAAAAAAUCUCAUCCUUUUCCCAUGCCUAAUCCUCACUACUAGUCCACCAUGAAUGGAAUUGACCAUAACUCCAUUACCCACUUCCCCAAGAGGCCUAAGCUUUGUGAUUCUUUCAUUUCCCCCACUGAAAUCCAAUCUGAAUUCUCCCACCACUCCCCCUCCGUAGCCCGCAUCAACAACGGCAGCUUUGGAUGUUGCCCCAAGAGCAUCAUCUCUGCACAGAAAAGGUGGCAGCUUGACUACCUUUCUCAGCCGGAUGAGUUUUACUUCAACAAGUUGAAGACUGGAAUUUUACAGUCUAGACUUGUGAUUAAAGACCUGGUUAAUGCUGACCAUGUUGAUGAAAUCUCCAUUGUUGAUAAUGCUACAACUGCGGCGGCUAUCGUUUUGCAGAGUGUUUCUUGGGGGUUUUCUCAGGGGAGGUUUGAGAAAGGGGAUGCUUGUGUGAUGCUUCACUAUGCUUAUGGCGCUGUGAAGAAGUCUGUGGAGGCUUAUGUGACUCGUGUAGGUGGGUUUGUUAUUGAAGUUCAAUUGCCUUUUCCUGUUAGCUCUGUUGAUGAAGUUGUUAGUGAGUUUAGGAAGGCUUUAGCGAGAGGGAAAAAUAGUGGGAAAAGAGUUAGAUUAGCUGUGAUUGAUCAUGUGACUUCUAUGCCUAGUGUUGUGAUUCCUGUAAAAGAAUUGGUUAAGAUUUGUAGGGAAGAGGGUGUGGAUCAAGUGUUUGUGGAUGCAGCUCAUGGUAUCGGUUGUAUUGAUGUUGAUAUGAAGGAAAUUGGAGCUGACUUUUAUACUAGUAAUUUGAAUAAGUGGUUCUUUUGCCCGCCUUCGGUUGCGUUUUUGUAUUGUAGAAAGGCUAAUGAGUGUAAUGAUUUGCAUCAUCCUGUGGUGUCUCAUGAGUAUGGAAAUGGGUUGGCUAUAGAGAGUGCUUGGAUUGGGACCAGGGAUUAUAGUGCCCAAUUGGUGGUUCCUCAAGUUUUGGAGUUUGUUAAUAGGUUUGAAGGGGGAAUUGAGGGAAUCAAGAAGAGGAAUCAUGAAGAUGUUGUUGCGAUGGGGGAGAUGUUGGCAAAUGCAUGGGGAACGCAUCUUGGGUCUCCUCCAGAGAUGUGUGCGAGCAUGAUCAUGGUUGGGUUGCCUGCUUGUUUGGGGAUUUCAUGUGAGUCUGAUACCCAAAAGUUAAGAACUCGCUUGAGGGAUAAGUUUUCUGUGGAAGUACCUAUUUAUUAUCGGCCGCAAAGAGAUGGGGAGGUUGAUACGAUUACAGGGUAUGCAAGAAUUUCUCAUCAAGUUUACAACAAACCAGAUGAUUAUUACAAGUUUAGAGAUGCAAUUAACGAACUGGUCAAUGAAGGGUUCACUUGUGCUCUUUUCUCGUAGUUAAAGAGCCUAAUGAAGUCUGCAAUCGCAGUCUUUCGAUGAAUAAUUAUAAUUUCUCUCUGUGUGCUGAGCACCUGGCCAGUUUCAUGGUUUCGGUAUCAUGAAACUCUCGAGCUGAUAAACAAACUGCAGAUAAAUGUAUGUAACUAAUACAGAAGCAGUUAGCUUUUCUUUGAUGACUUGUAGAAUUAAACUAGUGGACUGGAAUCCAUGAGAGCUGUACUCGUAAAUGUACUAAACUCUUUAGUUGCCUUCAGCAGCCAUGGCAAGGCCAUGAACAAAAAAAAAGUAUGGCCAAUAAAAACAAAACAUUUUAUGCUUUCUUCAACCUUCUGUAGUCUAAAUACAGUGAGACAUGAAAUGAGUUUGCUUCUUCU